AUGCUCUCUUCUCAGUUCGAUAUGUUCGAUCAAGAUCACGAUUUGGAGAUGUCGCCAUCCGAAGUUGCCCGUGGUCUCCGACAGCAAGCUCUGUACACCAAACAUUCUGCUGAAUCUGAUGUAGCCUUUCAUGAACUAUGCGGCAUUCUCACAAGCCGCGGUCCCGAUGGAACUAUGGAGGAGAACCCCGAAGAGCGCAUUAUCAAGCCUCCAGAGUUCGUAGCAGCUCUCAAAUGUCUGAGGAUGGCAGCUCUGCUCCAUGCGCCUGAGCAGGCGAAGCAAAUCAGAAUUCACAUUUACGAAUAUCGAGAGGACUUUCUCUACAGCCGAAACCCCUUGGAGGAUCCAGUGUCGUUCCUUUUUCGACCGACCGCAAUGUCCAGAGUGCUUAACACUAAGAAGAUUCAGAAACCAUUCAGGGUCCGCUGGCUCCAUUCUCACGAUCCGUCGCAGGCUGCAGUGCUGGGCUUGGCUAUCAAGUAUGGUUUGGACCCUCGGUUUGUAUUGGACGUUUUUACGUUAUGGCGAGAAGGGGCUAAAGUGGAUCACAUUUUUGGUUACAGGCCAACUGGCCGCGGAGAGACGCGAAUAACUCGGAAGAAUCCGCCGUUGUGGUCAAUUAUCAUCAUUCCUGUACUGCGAUUGACUCAGACGAGCCGUGAUACCUUGCGGCCAUGGCAGUCCUGGAGGAGGCAGAAGCUCCGGAAGGAUUUGCCGAAAGUUGAUAAGACUGUUGCACCCCCGAUCGUAAAAGUGGAAGUCGAGCAGUGCAACUUGGCGAUGUUUGUAACGGGUAAAGCGGAAGGUGGUACCCUCAUCAGUUUCUCCAGCGAGUGGGUAACGCUCUGCAAAACCGGUACCGAUCGGGAUGAUGAGGAUGUGAAAGGUAGUGGGGGUAAGAUGAAGAAGCAUUGGUGGAGCAGGAGAACACCGAGCGAGGAGACUGUUGACGAGGAGAAGGCAGAGUCGACCGCUGACACCCGCAUACGGACGAGAUUCCGAACUCUGACGCAUACUAUCACAGAUUGGGAGACGAUGUCGUACGAUAUGAGUAUCUUCCGUAAUGCUCUGGGAAACCUCAAGACUUCGUACAGCAAUGUGAGAACUGGUGAUACACAUACCUUACUCUUCAAGGUAUUGUGCGAUAUCACUGAAGACUACAUAUUGGUGGGUCAAGCUUACGAUGCGUCUCUGUCCGUGCUGCAGAGGAGGCUCGAUAGAGAGAUGGAUAAGUUCUAUCAGAAGGAUGUCAAAAGACUGCGGAAGAUCGUCAGGCAGCUGGGCCAACUCUAUCGAAUGGUGAGGCCUGUCCUAGAUGUCCUGGAGACGGCUGUGGGCUACAGACAUUGGAGUCCCGACUCGCAGAUGUACACCUCGGAUAUUCGUAGCAACACUCAUCAAUUCCUGGAGGAAUCAUUGGCAUUGAGAGAGAAUGCGAGGAUGAUGCUCGAACAGUAUCGGCAGUAUUGUGAGUCUAGGACGAGCAAUAUUGUUUAUGUCCUCACUUUGGUCACAACAAUCUUCGUUCCCGGACAGUUUUUGACGGGCAUUUACGGUAUGAAUUUCCAGAAUCCCUUAACAGGUGAUCCGGGAAUGCCCGAGCUGAUGUGGAAUUAUGGAUACUUGUACUUUUGGUUGCUUCUGCUCACAAUCACGAGUCUUAUCUUCUUUCUCUACCGAAAGAAAAAGUGGAUCUAA